UGCUAGUUUCGCCCACUUGUUUCCCUACAAGAUGGCUGACGGUACAGUGGCAGAAGACACUCUAAGAACAGGGCAAGGUGGUGAAGAGAUGCGCACCAGCUCUCCCAGGCUAUCAAGGAAGGCAAGGGAAGAUGCCGUGGCUGUGAAUGAAUGAGCCUAGUGGGGGGGACCCUGAUAAUUAUCUCCUUAACUCAUCGUGGAUGUUUUGGCAUGACGCUACACGAAGAGGAGCAACUGCCAAAGAUUUCUUUGAGAAUCUAAAACCUUUGUGUGCAGUCAAGACCAUCAAGGCAUUUUGGGGUGUGGUCAACAAUAUUCGUCCCAUAGAGCAGUUGGGUGAGAGAGAGAGCUACCAUCUUAUGAGGAAUGAGAAUAGGAGACCUAUUUGGGAGGACUCUGAUAAUGCUCAUGGUGGAUUGUGGUCAUUCAAAGUCAGAAAGAUGCACACAACCAAGGUAUGGCAGGAGCUGUUGUUGGCUGCUGUGGGUGAGCAGUUCUCAGAGUGUGUGGGCGGUGGUGACUGUGUGUGUGGUGUGAGUGUGAGGAUAAGAGGGUUCGAUCAAGACAUCGUACAGAUCUGGAAUGAAGACAUGCCUGUCCUCUCAAAGAGCUCGAGGAUUUCACUGUUUUGUUGAACUGGAAAUGGUCCUCAACUUUAUCAACACUGAGGAGAUCAGCUCUAGGGUGGAGUUGUUGGAAGGGUGCGUUGGUACAAUAAUGUUAAUUUCAGUAUCUUCUAAAAGCUUAGAAAGAGGCCUUUUGAUAAUGUGUUAAGAUCAAUCAGAAAACCCUUUCAAUUUAGACCAUCAGAACUCUAGUUACAGAGCAGAUUAUAGUACCCUAGAAAUGAAGGAUGUUAAGAUGAGCUCUGUGGUGGAGCUGUUUGAAGAGUGCGAUAACAUUAUUUUUUGAAAGUAAAGAGUCCAUUUCAGAAGAAUUGUGUGGGCCUGUUAUGCCAUGGCCAUAGUCUUUAUCCGAAAAUAGCCUGUUAC